AUGCUUUUUCUUGUUUUCCCCAAGGCCGAUGCUGCAACCAGUUUCUUGAGAGCUGCAAGAUCUGGAAAUCUGGACAAAGCUUUGGAUCACCUCAGGAACGGGGUAGAUAUUAACACCUGUAACCAGAAUGGGCUGAACGCCUUGCACCUGGCCUCCAAGGAGGGCCACGUCAAAAUGGUGGUGGAGCUGCUGCACAAGGAGAUCGUUUUGGAGACAACGACCAAGAAAGGAAACACGGCCCUGCACAUUGCUGCCCUGGCUGGACAACAGGAUGUGGUCCGGGAACUGGUGAACUAUGGGGCCAACGUCAAUGCGCAGUCACAGAAAGGCUUCACACCCCUCUACAUGGCAGCGCAGGAAAACCACCUGGAAGUUGUCAAAUUCUUGCUGGAAAAUGGAGCCAACCAGAAUGUAGCCACAGAGGACGGCUUCACGCCACUAGCUGUGGCUCUGCAGCAAGGGCAUGAGAAUGUGGUUGCUCACCUUAUCAAUUAUGGGACAAAGGGUAAGGUCCGUCUGCCUGCCCUGCACAUUGCAGCCCGCAACGAUGACACUCGCACAGCUGCCGUGCUGCUGCAGAAUGACCCCAAUGCUGAUGUCCUCUCCAAGACUGGAUUUACCCCCUUGCACAUUGCAGCCCACUAUGAGAAUCUCAGUGUGGGAGCCAGCGUCAACUUCACACCCCAGAACGGGAUCACCCCCCUGCACAUAGCCUCCCGCCGGGGCAACAUCAUCAUGGUACGGCUGCUGCUGGACCGCGGGGCCCAGAUAGAGACAAGGACCAAGGAUGAGCUGACCCCUCUCCACUGUGCAGCUCGCAAUGGGCACGUGCGAAUUGCAGAGAUCCUGCUGGACCACGGGGCUCCUAUUCAAGCAAAAACCAAGAACGGCUUGUCGCCGAUCCACAUGGCAGCGCAGGGUGACCACCUGGACUGCGUGCGCCUGCUCCUGCAGUACAGCGCCGAGAUCGACGACAUCACCCUGGACCACCUAACACCACUGCACGUGGCUGCGCACUGUGGGCACCACCGAGUAGCCAAGCUUCUGGUGGAGAAGGGGGCCAAGCCCAACUCCCGAGCCCUGAAUGGCUUCACACCCCUCCAUAUUGCCUGCAAGAAGAAUCACAUCCGGGUGAUGGAACUACUGCUGAAGACGGGUGCCUCCAUCGAUGCCGUCACGGAGUCCGGCCUGACCCCCCUGCAUGUGGCUGCCUUCAUGGGGCACCUGCCCAUUGUCAAGACCCUGCUGCAGCGUGGAGCCUCUCCUAAUGUGUCCAAUGUGAAAGUGGAGACGCCUCUACACAUGGCAGCCAGAGCCGGGCACACAGAUGUGGCAAAGUACCUGCUGCAGAACAAAGCCAAAGCCAAUGCCAAGGCCAAGGAUGACCAGACUCCGCUGCACUGUGCUGCACGCAUCGGCCACACCAGCAUGGUCAGACUCCUGCUGGAGAACAAUGCCAACCCCAACCUGGCCACAACAGCGGGGCACACGCCCCUGCACAUCACCGCCAGAGAGGGGCACGUGGACACGGCGCUGGCCCUGCUGGAGAAGGGGGCUUCACAGACCUGCAUGACCAAGAAAGGAUUUACCCCUCUCCACGUUGCAGCCAAGUACGGGAAGGUGGAUGUGGCAGAGCUGCUGCUGGCACGUGACGCUCACCCCAAUGCAGCAGGGAAGAAUGGCCUGACCCCACUGCAUGUGGCUGUGCACCACAACAACCUGGAGAUCGUCAAGCUGCUGCUUCCCAAGGGGAGCUCCCCACACAGCUCAGCGUGGAACGGGUACACCCCCCUGCACAUUGCUGCCAAACAGAACCAGAUGGAGGUGGCCAGCAGCUUGCUGCAGUACGGGGCUUCUGCAAAUGCGGAAUCUGUGCAGGGAGUCACCCCCCUACACCUGGCUUCCCAGGAGGGGCAUGCGGACAUGGUGGCACUGCUUUUCUCCAAACAAGCCAACGGCAACCUAGGCAACAAGAGUGGCCUGACUCCUCUCCAUCUUGUGGCCCAAGAGGGGCAUGUGCAGGUUGCUGAUGUUCUGGUGAAACACGGAGUCACAGUGGAUGCAACAACCAGGAUGGGCUAUACGCCGCUGCACGUGGCCAGCCACUACGGGAACAUCAAGCUGGUGAAGUUUUUGCUGCAGCACCAGGCUGAUGUCAAUGCCAAGACUAAGCUGGGCUACACCCCUCUGCACCAAGCGGCACAGCAGGGCCACACAGACGUUGUGACACUGCUGCUGAAGCACGGUGCCUCUCCCAAUGAGAUCAGCACAAACGGCACCACUCCCCUGGCCAUCGCAAAGCGACUCGGCUACAUUUCUGUCACAGAUGUCCUCAAGAUCGUCACAGAGGAAACGGACAUCCCGUCAGUUGGUGAUAAGCACCGCAUGAGCUUCCCGGAGACUGUAGACGAGAUUCUGGACGUGUCAGAAGAUGAAGAGGAGGAGCUGAUUGCACCAAAGCCCAGGACUCCCAGUCCCAGGGACCAAGAAGGCAAGAGGGAGGUGUUGGAAUUUGUGGCCACGGCGACGCUGGAGCAAACGGUGGAGUCUCCAGCUGUCCUGCAGGUUCCCUGCAUCCCACCUGAGACUGUGGUGACCAGAGCGGAGGAGACUGAGCAGCCCUCAAAGGAGUUCGACGAGGACUCCCUGAUCCCCAGCAGCCCUGCCACGGAGACCUCGGAUAACAUCAGCCCCGUGGCCAGCCCCGUGCACACAGGGUUCCUGGUGAGCUUCAUGGUGGACGCCCGUGGUGGCUCCAGGCGGGGCAGCCGGCACCACGGACUGCGUGUUGUCAUCCCACCCCGUGCCUGCGCUGCACCAACCCGCAUCACCUGCCGCCUGGUGAAGCCCCAAAAGCUGCCUGCACCCCCACCGCUGGCUGAGGAGGAGGGUCUGGCCAGCAGGAUCAUUGCCCUGGGGCCCGCUGGAGCCCAGUUCCUCAGCCCCGUCAUUGUGGAGAUCCCACACUUUGCCUCAUACGGGCGCGGAGACCGUGAGCUGGUGGUGUUGCGCAGUGAGAAUGGCUCUGUCUGGAAGGAGCACCGCAACCGCUAUGAGGAGAGCUACAUGGACCAACUGCUCAAUGGCAUGGAUGAGGAGCUGGAGAGCCUGGAAGAGCUGGAAAAGAAGAGGGUCUGCCGCAUCAUCACCACCGACUUCCCUCUCUACUUCGUGGUCAUGUCCCGGAUUUGCCAGGACUGCGAUCUGAUCGGCCCCGAGGGAGGGUGUUUGAAAAGCACACUGGUGCCCAUGGUGCAGGCCACCUUCCCAGAUGCUGCUGUCACCAAGAGAGUGAGGCUGGCCCUGCAGGCGCAGCCUGUGCCCGAUGAGCUCGUGACGAAGCUGCUGGGGAACCAGGCGACUUUUAGCCCCAUCGUCACGGUGGAGCCGCGCCGGAGGAAGUUCCACCGCCCCAUCGGCCUCCGCAUCCCACUGCCACCGUCCUGGAAGGACAAUCCCCGAGACAGCGGUGAGGGCGCAGCAUGCUCACCCUUGCUUUCUGCUGCAGGAGGGACAGCCCAAGCCCAGUGGGAAGACAUAACAGGCACCACGAAGCUGGUCUAUGAAAACGAGUGUGCUAACUUUACCACCAAUGUGUCUGCCAGGUUCUGGCUGGCCGACUGCCCGCGCACAGCCGAGGCCGUGCACUUCGCCACAAUGCUGUACAAGGAGCUGACAGCCGUGCCCUACAUGGCCAAAUUCGUGGUGUUUGCCAAGAUGAAUGAUGCACGGGAAGGCCGGCUGCGCUGCUACUGCAUGACUGAUGACAAGGUUGACAAGACUCUAGAGCAGCAUGAAAACUUCACUGAGGUGGCCCGCAGCAGGGACAUUGAGGUGGUGGAGGGGAUGCCUUUGCACGUCGAGCUCUCAGGGAACCUGGUGCCUGUCAAGAAGGCCACUCAACCCCGCACCUUCCUCUUCCAGUCCUUCCGGGAGAAUCGUCUCGCCAUCCCCAUCAAGGUUCGGGACAGCAGCCGGGAAGCCAGCGGCUCCCUGUCUUUCUUGCGCAAGGCCAUGAAGUACGAGGAUCUCCAGCAUGUGCUCUGCCACCUGAACAUCAGCAUACCACCCUGCACCAAGGGAAGUGGCAGUGAGGAACGGAGGAGGACACUGACGCCGUUGUCUCUGCGGGAGCGGUACAGCAUCCUAAGUGAGACCAGUUUCGGCUCUCUGAGCAGCACAGACAAGGCAGACCAGAAGAUGGUCGACAUAGCAGAACAGCUGGGCCUCAGCUGGGCUGAGCUGGCACGUGAGCUGCAGUUUGGGGUGGAUGACAUCAACAGGAUACGCGUGGAGAACCCCAACUCCCUGCUGGAGCAGAGCAUAGCCUUACUCAACCUCUGGGUCAGCCGUGAGGGCAAGAGUGUCAAGAUUGAGAAUCUGUACACAGCACUGAGGAACAUCGACCGCAGCGAGAUUGUCAACACGCUGGAGGGCUCUGGCCGGCAGAGCCGCAGCCUGAAGGGCAGCUGGCGCUACACGGACAGAGACUACUCCCUCUCGCCAUCCCAAAUGAAUGGUUACGCUUCGCUGCAGGACGAGCUGCUGUCCCCCGCCUCCCUGCAUUACAUGCUGCCAUCCCCGCUGCGUGCCGACCAGUACUGGAAUGAGGUGGCCAUCAUGGAUGCUAUCCCCAUGGCUGCCACCGAGCACGAUGCCCUGAUGGAGAUGUCCGACAUGCAGGUGUGGUCCUCGGGGCUCACCCCCUCGCUGGUGACUGCUGAGGACUCCUCUCUGGAGUGCAGCAAGGCCGAGGACUCGGAUGCCACAAGCGAAGGCCGAUUCCCGGGGCAGCUUCUAGCAGACGCACAUGGCCCAGACCACAUGGGCUCUAUGGACCUGGUUGAGGAUGACACAGUGGACUCAGAUGCCAUGAAUGGCCUGAUUGACCUUCUAGAGCAGGAGGAGGGGCAGAGGCCAGAGGGGAAGAUGCCAGCCAGUGAUCGCCAGCCAGGGACCGGGGAACAGGACCUGGAGAGUGAAGUGUCUUUUGUUUCAGUUCAGCAGAAGGUGCAAGCCAGGAUCACGGCAUCACCUACCGUUAGCCACAUCGUAGAGAAGAGCGCAGACAGGCUGAGGGACUGGAAUGCAGAAGGCUCCUUUAUCUCCUGCCUACAGGACCUGACAGAGGGCUCCUGGCAGGAGGGGGUCACCCGAAGGCUGCUCCCAACGCACACCACGGCCUCCGGGGCACAGGACCAGGAGCAAGAGCAGGUCCUGGUGCCGGCCGUGGAGCUGAUGCGGGUCAGCUCCACAGAGGACAGCGACUGGCAGCCCCAGCACCCCACGGGCAGCUGGCAGGAGGAGGCAGACAGCCGCUUCUUUGGCCAGCCAGCCUCCCUGCCUGCUUCCUUAUUGAGUAUCUGCCCUGGCUGCUGGCCCAACAGCCUGCUGGAGCCAGAAAUAGAACUGGCCUGGGGGCCAGGCUGGGUGAUGGUCACCCUGCCACGGCCACACAGAGCCGACAGGAUGUGGGCUUUCCUGGCCCAGUUGCUGAUCGCCCUGGUGCUGCUGGCCUUCUUCCUGGUCAGCUGCCAGAACGUCAUGCACAUCGUCAGGGGGUCUGUCCGCUUCCUGCUCAAACAUGCCCACCACGAGCUGGACAAGGAGCUCGGGGAGAGUCAGGGGCUGGCGGACGACGAGGAGGCUCUCUCCACCAGGGUCGUCCGUCGGCGCGUCUUUGUGAAGGGGAACGAAGUCCUUCAUCUCCCUGGAGAGCAGGUGACUGAGGAGCAGUUCACAGACGAUCAUGGCAAUAUUGUCACCAAGAAGGUCAUCCGGAAGGUGGUGCGUCAGCUGGGCCCUGGUGACAGGGAUGACAGGCAAGAGCAGGAGGAGCUGAUUCUGGAGGGCUCCCUGCAGGAGCCCCAAGACCUGGAGGCUGAGGACGAUCACUUCAUGAAAUACUCCAUCCUGCACCGGGACGGUCUGGGGGCCAAGGAGGAGGUGCGAGUGCGUGUCCCGAAACCGGAGGUCUCCGGGGGCAGGAUGGGGGCUCAGAUAGUGAAACGAGCCAGCCUGAAAAGGGGGAAGCAGUGA